AGCACAGAGCCGGCAUUUCCGGGAAAAAGAGCGCUGGAGCCGGGGGGCCAUGAGUUGGAUUCCGUUCAAGAUUGGGCAGCCUAAGAAACAGAUUGUACCCAAGACAGUCGAAAGAGAUUUUGAACGAGAGUAUGGAAAGCUUCAACAGUUGGAAGAUCAGACUAAGAAGCUUCAGAAGGACAUGAAGAAAAGUACAGAUGCAGACCUGGCAAUGUCGAAGUCAGCUGUGAAAAUCUCCUGUGACUUACUGUCCAACCCACUCUGUGAGCAAGACCCUAAAUUUCUUGAGAUGGUGACAGCUUUGGAUACUGCAAUGAAGAGAAUGGAUUCUUUCAACCAAGAGAAGGUGAACCAGAUCCAAAAGACAGUCAUAGAGCCCUUGAAAAAGUUCAGUGGUGUCUUCCCCAGCUUAAACAUGGCAGUGAAGCGGCGUGAACAAGCUCUGCAGGAUUACAAGCGGCUGCAGUCCAAGGUGGAGAAGUACGAAGAGAAGGAGAAGACGGGGCCCAUUCUGGCCAAGCUGCAUCAGGCGCGGGAAGAACUGAGGCCAGUGAAAGAGGAUUUUGAAGCCAAGAACAAGGAGCUUUUGGAAGAGAUGCCCAAAUUUUACAGCAGUCGGAUUGACUACUUUAAGCCAAGCUUUGAGUCUUUGAUUCGGGCUCAGGUUGUGUAUUACACUGAAAUGUACAAAAUCUUUGGAGACUUGACAGAACAGAUUGAUGAGCCUGGCCUGACUGACGAAGAGCGGGAGAAGGAGAACGAAGCCAAGCUGAACGAGCUGAGGGCCCUCUCGAUUGUGGCUGAUGACUGACCUCCAACUGAUACAGCCUUGAAGGUGGCUCAUGCCCAGGCAGACUGGCAACCCCGCUGUUGCAGCUCCACGGAAAGGUUCACUUCCUGCUCUCCAAAGACUUGGGCCUCUGACUUUUUAACCUCAUGCAAAUACGCUGUUUUGAUCUGGGUGGAGGGGAGGGGACUUGCCACAGUUCCCAAAGAUAUCAUGAAACAGAUGUUGAAUGGUGCUGCUACUAAUGUUUUUCAACCUAAGGUCUCUGGGUUGCCGUUCCUGAAGUGUCCUACGCUCCUACUUAAGCUAGGAUACCACCACUUCCAGGCAUCUAAUUCGUGCUGCUUUCUUUCAUGGUGCAUAGAAGAGUUCAUCUGUUGCAGUGGGGACCUUCAGCUGCUGCAGUUAGGGAAUUUUUUCUCCUUUAUCCCUUGUUCUCAGUAGGUCGGCCACAGUCAAGAUAGGAUUGAGCUGUUGUGCUUUUAAAAGAGACUGUCAGUACACAGUGGCAUUUUACUGAGAAGGGAGGAACUACUAGGUUUGGCGGUCUGCACGGACUAGAAGGAUGUGGAAAACAGCACCUGUUUGGUGCAGUGUCUUAAAUAUACCGUUGUGUUUGUCAAAGUGUGAUCACGGUGGCCCUAGGAAGGGGGCUGGGAGGCAGAGGCAAAGCAACACGGAGAGUUCCUUGUGAUCUCAGAGUAGCAGCACAACUCAGACUGAGACUACACAAAUGACCACUUGACCUACAGGUAAGUAGGCAGGUUUUUUCCCCUUCCUUCUGUGCUGUUGUGACCUGUGUUUAAUGAGUAAAAGAGUCUGCACAUCUUGCACAUGGGGGAAGGUUUAAGCUUAGGGGAGAAAAUGGCAAAUACAUACCGUUGACAGAGAAGCUACCCUAGAAACGGGGCCCCACUGGUGACUUCUCUCCCUCUAUCUCCGGCCGAAAGGCAGCUAUCCAAGCUCAAGUACUUUAUCUUCCUGCAGACCUCCCCAAACUGUUUUUAAUCAAAUGUGAGUCAAGUAGCGAAAUGACUCUGCUAUCAUUUUGUUUCUGUAACCUGUGUCUAAUUCUAUUUUUGGAUUAAAAAGAUAAAA